CCACCGGCGCGUGAAUGCCGACAAUUUUCUCUCUUAGAUCGAUUUUUUAAAUAUAAUUCAUUGUAUGAUCAUUUUAAAUCAAUGUUAUUUUUAUAUUAAUAUAGUACACAUUUUAGUAGUGAUUUUCUUCUAAAUUAAAGCAUGGAUCCUUUGAAGGUUUUGUGGGUGCUUACUAACAGCACAUAUCUAGUGAGCAAGUACAUUAAGGGAAGUUCUGACAAGGACGAGACCACACCUUUCUUCGAACAAUCUCUGUACGAGGCGGAGGUUGAGGAAACUGCCAAACCUCACUACACCGUCGUGCGAGUAACAGCAGAGAAACAUGAGAAAUUUUCAGAUAUAAAGUACGAAAUAUCUGGUGGAAAUUUGGGCGUAGCUUUUGCAGUUGAUGUGAGAUCCGGUGACAUUUACGUAGAAAACCCACUAGACUAUGAAACCCGACAGAAAUUCGAAUUGAUCUACUCUGCUUCAGUGAAGGAGGCGACUAGUUACACCAACGUCGUGAUCCGUGUCAGAGAUAUGAACGACAACCCUCCUGUCUUUGACAAGUCACUCUACACAGCUGAGAUCACGGAAGAGGAUGACAGGAAUCUUCCCAAAAAGAUAUUACAGGUUGAAGCAACGGAUGGAGAUAAGUUCCAGCCUGUUGACAUUGUCUACUUCCUGGCCGGCCAAGGCAUUGACACUGACGAUCCUGCCACCGGAAACUUUGCCAUCGACAAGACCUCUGGCGAAAUAUUCGUCCUCAAGCCUCUUGACCGAGAUCCGCCCCUUGGAAAGGCCCAGUGGAGGUUUACCGUUUUUGCUCAAGAUGAAGGAGGUAAAGGACUUGUUGGAUUUGCCGACGUCCAAGUAAACCUGAAGGAUAUAAAUGAUAAUGCGCCUCAAUUCUCACAAAAGGAUUAUGUGGGGAACGUCACAGAAAAUGGUCCUAAAGGAAUGUUGGUUAUCACAUUGGAUGCCGAGGAUAGCGAUGAUCCUGCAGAAAAUGGGAACGCCAAGGUUAAAUACUCCAUAGAAAAAAAUGCAAUUGAAGAAGGCAGUGGUUUGCCAAUAUUUGAAAUUCACCCGAGCACUGGGGAGAUAAAGACCCUUAUCUGUUGUCUGGACCGAGAGCGCACGCCAGACUACUCUAUUCAGGUUAUUGCAAUGGACGGAGCUGGUCUGAAGGGUACAGGCACAGUUACAAUUCGAGUUUUGGACAUCAACGACUCUGUGCCGGUAUUUACAAAAGACGAGUGGGUAACGGAAGUUGAGGAGACUUCCGGCGACGUUGUCCCGGAAACACCGGUGCUCACCGUGGCUGUCCGGGACAGCGACGAAAACAACCGCUUCAUAUAUAGUGUAGUGGAGAAGAGCGGUUACGGAGCAGACCGGUUCUCGAUGGUCACCAACGUCGAUGGUACCGGUUCCUUGCUUGUCACCCAACCUCUUGACUACGAGGAUCCUCUCCAGAGGAACGGGUUCAGAUUUCAAAUACAAGUCGUUGAUGAGGAUGAAUUUUCGCCGGAAGAGACGAGUCAUGUUGCUUACUCCUGGGUGGUGGUAAAGCUCAUAGACGUGAACGACAACGCUCCCCAAUUUGAGAACCCACAUCCCACGAUGACCGUGUAUGAAGAUGUUCCAGUAGGUCGAGUGUUGGACCAGCUCCGGGUGAGAGACACUGACAAUGGCGGCCGCAGCAGUGUACGGUUCAGUAUCGACCGUAUGUCAGACCGGAAACGUCAGUUCCAUAUCAGUCAGGAGGGGAAGUUGUCAGUCCAUCGCUCUCUAGACCGUGAGACAACCCCUAGACACCAGAUAAAGGUUUUAGCGGUGGACGAUGGCUAUCCACCACAAACUGGGUCAGUUACUGUGACCGUCAUUGUAGGUGAUGUGAACGACAACGCUCCUCAGUUCCUAGAAGAUUAUAGGCCAGUCGUUCCCGAAAACGGAAAACCUCGGGAAAUUUUGAAAGUCUUUGCAAUGGAUCCUGAUGAUCCUGGGAAAGGAAAUGGCCCUCCCUUCUCAUUCUUCAUGGACCCUAGAGCUGAUAACUCAACAAAAUCGUCAUUUAGGGUUGAACAGGAAGAAGGCGAGGAGGUUGCAGCCAGAGUAGUUUCUUUGGUUUCAUUUGACCGGGAAAAGCAAAAGGAAUUUUUAGUGCCUAUCGUAAUUGGUGACUCAGGACAGCCGCCAAAGAGCAGCACAAACACACUGACAGUAGUUGUUGGUGACGUCAACGACAAUCUAAUGAGACCAGGUUCAAUGGAUGUCCUUGCAUACAUUUACAGAGUGCAAAACAUAGAUAUACCGAUUGGAAGAGUCUACGUGGAGGACCUUGACGACUGGGAUCUUCCUGACAAGAAUUUCCAGUGGGAGUCCAGAGACCACCAAAGGUUCAGGCUAGACGAGGAGACUGGAGAUCUAAUCAUGAAGUCCGGUACUCCAAGGGGACUUUACGACCUCCAUUUCAGAGUCCAUGACCGCAGACACAACCAGCACAAUGUGAAGGCUCACGUCAGAGUAAGAGUGAAGGACAUGUCCUACAAUACCAUCACCAACUCGGGGUCCUUGAGGCUCUCCGGAAUAUCGGCGGUGGACUUAGUGAUGAGGAGUGGUGGAAGCAGCAAACUUUGGUUGCUACAGUCAAAAUUGGCGGAAGUCCUGGAUGUGAACGAGGAUCACGUUGCUAUCUUCAGUGUGCAACAGGUUCUCGCCCACCCACCGCUGACGGACGUCCGGUUCUCAGUCACCAACUAUAAGCGGGAAGUUCUCGAUGGCCUACUAGCACUACAUUCCAAUAAGGUCGAGGAGGCGAUUGGAGCCAAUGUGACGAUGGUGGGAGUGGACGAGUGUCUGGAGGAGCGACAUCACUGUGAAGGCAGCUGCACCUCCCGACUGGAAGUGGGGGGUACGCCUACCUUGGUGAACGCCAACACCACGGCCUUAGUGGGAGUCAGGGUGGCCGUGGUUGCAGAGUGUCUCUGUGGGGCCUUAGACUACAGUCGACCCGAGACUUGUAGGACCAGGCCUUGCUACAAUGGCGGCCGUUGUGUUGAGGGCAAAUUUGGAAUCAGCUGCUCAUGCCCCAGUGGUUUCAAGGGGCCUCGGUGUCAGAAGACCUCCCGUAGUUUCUCCGGCCAAGGAUGGGCGUGGUUCCCUCCUCUACAGAUGUGUGAAAGUUCUCACCUAAGCUUCGAGUUCCUGGCGAGGAAAUCGAAUGGACAGCUGGUAUACAACGGGCCAGUUGGUCCUCCUAAACCAGGGGGAAUUUCAAACUCAGAUUUCAUAUCCCUGGAACUGGUAGAGGGGUACCCAAGGUUACUGAUUGACUAUGGAUCUGGAACCCUGGAGCUAUCGGUUACUACAGAGACGAGGCUCAAUGAUAGCUCAUGGCAUCGCCUUGAUGUCCUGUGGAACACUGAGACAGUGGAACUUGUCGUUGACUCUUGCCUUGGGGUGGAGGGGUUGAGCCCACCAACAUCCUGCCACGCCAGGGGCUCCGUGCCCCCCUUCAGUGAGCAACUGAACCUCCACACGCCUCUGCAGCUAGGGGGUAGAAACAUACGACCCUUCCAACCGGCCCACUACCGCUGGACAGCUGUGCCUUACGGGCAGCCCUUCGAUGGUUGCAUCAAGAAUCUCUUCUACAAUAGUAAAGUGUAUGACCUGGCGGGCAGUGGGCUAUCAGAGGACAGCGAGCCUGGGUGCCCAGGGGCGUGCCCACGCUCAGAUACCGAGGUACGCUGUGAGGAUCACGGGGAGUGUGUGGGGAGUGCCCGAGAGCCUAGGUGUCGUUGCCUCCCCGGACGUCAUGGUCCCAAGUGUGCCCUCGCAACGACCCCUGUUACAUUGCAUCCCCACAGUUACGUCAAGUACUCUCUCAACUUUGACCCGGAUCACUACAGCACGCUGGUACAGUUGAGGUUCCGCACGAGGGAGGAGACCGGCGAGCUCUUCCGCAUGGGAGACCUGCGCAGUCGGCAGUACGCCAUAUUAGAGAUUGUGGAUAGUCAUAUAAGAUUCCGUUACAAGUUGAGCGAUUCAGAGAAAACUGACCUUCGUAUCUCCAUGGUGCAAAUAAACGACGGACAAUGGCACUAUAUACAGGUUUUCCGAGUAGGGUCGACAGUGAGUCUAGAGCUGGAUGGAGGGGAGGGCAGGAGAGGAAACAGGACCACAGACUUCAGCUCAAGGGAACAACUGACCAUAGACACGGAGGAGGGCUUGUACUUGGGUGGCAAACCGGAGUACACCGAGAUCGGGAUAAUUGCGGUCGAACACGACUACCAGGAGGGCUGUAUAGAUGACGUGCGCUUAAAUGACCGGCCUCUGCCUCUACCCCCUGUCACCAACAGUACGGCCUGGGCACAGGCAAUCAUUGGCCAGAACCUGGAGUUGGGUUGUCCGACAGACAAACUCUGCAACAACGGUUUGUGUCAUGGCGCCUUCCAGUGUUCCGACCCGUGGAACACCCACCGGUGUUUUUGUGGCGAAGGCAGGAUCCUGACGGCUGAUGGAAAAUUGUGCAUUAAAAGUGACGAUUGCUUCGUGAAGCCCUGUGUAAACGGUGGAGUCUGCAUGGAACUGGAGUCCCGCCAACAAUACCGGUGCGUUUGUCCUGAAGGAUUCUGGGGAGAGCAGUGCGAGAUGACGCGCGACAAGCAGACCAUGAGGCUAGGUCUAGGCGCCUUCGCUACUGUGCUGGGAUGCAUACUUAUUAUACUACUAGUAUUACUGCUGAUGCUGGUGAUAUAUAAUAGGCGCCGAGACAGUUCCGACAAAAAGGACAUGGAAUGUGAUGUGAGAGAGAAUAUUAUAAAGUACAACGACGACGGUGGCGGUCUCGACGACAUGACGGCGGUGACAGUAACUAUGUCAGCGGUUGGAGAGCUGUCGUGCCCCACUCUAGCGGAUGAUACAGUUUCAGAGACGUCACUCAUCGACCUGACGAAACGAAACUUGUCGGACGACAAAAUGAAUAAUAUGGCGCUAUCACCAAGCCGUGACGAGGUGCACAUAUACACGUUCGAGGGAGGAGGCAGCAGCAGGAGUUCUCUGUCGUCACUAUCUCUUGAUGAAUGAAGAACUAAUAUUAUUUUAGCAACAAAACCGAAUAAUUAUGACCAUCACUAUUGAUUGAACUACAAUGCUACAAUGAAGGGUUUGAGCGAAGAUGUGAUAAAAUUAUUAUAACAAUAAUUAAUAUUAAACGCAUUGUGUUCUAGUUAACAGGGUAAUGGAUGGAUACAAACCUAACCUUUUCAGUGUUAAUUUGCUCCAGUUUGUUCCAUAGUUUGUAAGUUCAUUUAAUAUUAUUAUUUUCAAUUACUGUUAAUAUAAAUCUUGUUAAAUUAUAAUGUCAUGUUAUUGAUAGUCAAAUUGUUAUUUAUAAUUGUUUGAUGUUACUUCCUUUCAUAAAUUUUAAAUAUGAAAUAGAAUUUAAGGUUAUUCUUUGUAAAGGAUUUAGUGGACGUGAGAAUGUUUGAUUCUUUACACUGAAUUUUCAAGUGUAAACUAUAAAAAGAUGUACAUUGUAUAUAUUGUCAGAAUGAAAUAACUUUUAUAGUGUUUAAAUAAAUGUACUAAAAAAUAAAGUUGUAUAAAAGUA